ACCGAAUUAAGAAAAGGGGAAUAUAAAAUAUUUGUCUCUCUUACGAAAAGGAGAACGGCUUGGCCAACGCGACGUCUUCAGAGUCUCCCUCCCCCUCUCUCUCUCUCUCUCACUCUCUCUCUCACAGCUUCUCUAGCAUGGAUCCUUACAAGCACCGGGCAUCAAGUGCUUUCAACUCUCCGUACUGGACCACUAACUCUGGUGCACCCGUUUGGAACAACAACGCUUCUUUGACUCUUGGAACCAGAGGUCCAAUUCUCCUUGAGGAUUAUCAUUUGGUGGAGAAACUUGCUAAUUUUGACAGGGAGCGCAUCCCUGAGCGUGUUGUCCAUGCAAGGGGUGCCAGUGCCAAAGGGUUCUUUGAGGUCACCCAUGAUAUUUCUCAACUCACUUGCGCUGAUUUCCUUAGAGCCCCAGGAGUUCAGACACCUGUAAUUGUUCGAUUCUCCACUGUCAUCCAUGAGCGUGGAAGCCCUGAAACUAUCAGGGAUCCUCGAGGUUUCGCUGUGAAGUUCUACACUAGAGAGGGUAAUUUUGAUUUAGUGGGAAACAACUUUCCUGUAUUCUUUGUGCGGGAUGGAAUGAAAUUCCCAGACAUGGUUCAUGCUCUAAAACCUAAUCCAAAGUCUCACAUUCAAGAGAACUGGAGAAUCUUGGACUUCUUUUCCCACCACCCAGAGAGUUUGCACAUGUUUACCUUCCUCUUAGAUGAUAUUGGCAUUCCUCAAGAUUACAGGCACAUGGAUGGUUCUGGUGUUAACACUUACACAUUGAUUAACAAGGCUGGGAAAGCACAUUAUGUGAAAUUUCACUGGAGACCGACCUGUGGAGUGAAGUCCUUGUUGGAAGAUGAAGCCAUCAAGAUUGGGGGAGCUAAUCACAGCCAUGCCACCCAAGAUUUAUAUGAUUCAAUUGCAGCUGGGAACUAUCCCGAAUGGAAACUGUUUAUCCAGAUCAUAGACCCUGAUCGUGAGGACAGAUUUGACUUCGACCCCCUUGAUGUUACGAAGACCUGGCCUGAGGACAUCUUGCCCCUGCAGCCAGUGGGUCGCUUGGUGUUAAAUAAGAAUAUUGACAACUUUUUUGCUGAAAAUGAACAACUUGCUUUUUGCCCAGCUAUUAUUGUUCCUGGUGUUUACUAUUCAGACGAUAAGCUGCUCCAGACUCGGAUAUUCUCUUAUGCUGAUACCCAAAGGCACCGUCUUGGACCAAACUAUUUACAGCUUCCAGCCAAUGCUCCUAAGACUACGCAUCACAACAAUCACCAUGAUGGUUUAAUGAAUUUUAUGCACAGGGAUGAGGAGGUCAAUUACUUUCCUUCAAGGUUUGAUCCUGUGCGUCAUGCAGAGAGGCACCCAAUUCCUCCUCCUAUCUUGACUGGAAAGCGUGACAGGUGCAUGAUUGAGAAAGAAAACAACUUUAAGCAACCAGGAGAGAGAUACCGUUCUUUUCCCCCAGAGAGGCAAGAACGUUUUAUUUCUCGUCUUGUUGAUGCGCUAUCUGAUCCUCGUGUUACCCAUGAGAUCCGCAGCAUAUGGAUCUCCUACUGGGGUUUGGCUGACAAGUCUCUUGGCCAGAAGCUAGCUUCUCGCCUCAAUGUGAAGCCAAGCAUAUGAAGUUUGUGCUGGAGAAACCAAAUGUCGAAGUGUGAUCAAGAGUAGUUUAGAAGUAGCACACACAAUAUGUCGUAAAGUAUAAAUUAAUUGGGGGACUCAUGAAUACUUUGGUCAUGUUGUAUCCCUUGACAAGCUUGCACCAAUCUGUUGAGUUUUUGUAAACUAUAUGUUUCUGAACUUAGUAAUGUACCAAAGUAAACUCA